UCCAAUAGUUCGUCUUGCGGAUUAUGUGCUAGCCUAAUAGUUCGUCUUGCAGGUUAUAGGUGGUAUGUUCUCGAUAUGCUAGCUGAGCGAGAUGGAGAACAUAUCAACCUUUUGACUAGCCCUUGCGGAUUAUGUGCUAGCCUAAUAGUUUGUCUUGAGGUUAUAGUUCGUCUUGUGGGUGAUAGGUCCGUCCCGCCCAAUAGUUCGUCUUGCGGGUUAUGUGCUAGCCUAAUAGUUUGUCUUGCAGGUUAUAGGUGCCUAAUAGUUCGUCUUGCUUCUUCUAGCCUAAUAGUUCGUCUUGCUUCUCCUAGCCUAAUAGUUCAUCUUGCUUCUCCUAACCUAAUAGUUCAUCUUGUGGGUGAUGGUUCGUCUUGCGGGUUAUAUGCUAGCCUAAUAGUUCAUCUUGCAGGUUAUAGUUCAUCUUGCAGUUCGUCUUGCGGGUUAUGUACUAGCCUAAUAGUUCGUCUUGCAGGUUAUAGGUGGUAUGUUCUCAUUAUGCUAGCUGAGCGAGAUGGAGAACAUGCCAACCUUCUGACUAGCCCAAUACCUAAUAGUUUGCCAGAGAAAUAUUACAAGGAAUCUGGAAAGGAAAACUAUAGCAGAUUAUUAGUCAAGAUUGACAAACUUAAUGCCAUAAUAGUGGAGCUAGAGAGGAAUAAUGCAGUUUCCACUAAACUCGAAUCUGAGAAUAUUGAACUUAAAGCUGAGAUAACAAAAUUAAG